UUCUAUCCUACAUUCUUUGAAAAGUGACAUCCGAAAGAAUCCAUACUGAGAGAGCGAUCCUUUCCUCUCCCUUGAUAUGUCUUGCCUGUUGGCCCCUCCGAACUACUUCCUUGGAAGGUGCCUGUCUCCGUGACGUGGGCCAUUCGAUAAUUACAGGGCAAGCCCUGCAAUGAAAGUUCCCUUUCACAUUGGACCUGAACCAAUCUCUGAUACUCCCGCUUUGAAUCACCAUGCUGCUCUAUUCGGGAUCUAAACGUUCCAAGGGAGCAUCCAAAGACGGCGGCAACCGAGCAUCUACGGCCUCCGUCGUAUCCACAAAGUCCCAUGCUACUUCUAAAAGCUCAAAAGUUUCUGCCGAGAGUAUCAGGAAAGGGGGUUCACUAGGACAGCCCGCUGGGUCAAAGAGCAGCGGAUCAAGCCCCAAAAAGACGCACAAAAUGCUGGGUGCGAUGGAUCCCAAAUCUAAAGCGAUAGAACCUGAGAAGAAAGUUCCUAAUGUCUUCGAAUAUCUUGAAUCAGACUCCGACGCCGAAAAUUCCUCUGUAGAGGAUGAUGGCGUUCCUAACCAUACCCCAAGUCCAUCUAACGUUUCGUUCAAGAGCCCGCAUGUAAGGCUUGCACGCCAGGCAAAUUUUACAGCACAUGGAGCAGGCGCACCGAGCCGAACAUCAUCUGUCAGGCCGAAAACUUCAAUAGACUCUCACCAAGCACCUGGUUUGCUGGAACUAUCUACCCGAAACAACACGGCCCAGCGGAAAAUGUCUAUGGAAGGUUACCUGACAGAGGAGUCGAACAAUUCCGAUCAACAGAACUUCUACAAUUACUCUCGAAAUACUACAUCAUUCCACCGACCUCCCCUCCCCCCGUCUCCGCCUCAAAGCCCGGAGGAGGAUCUCCACCGCAUCAACAGGAAGUCGAGACGGAAUACCAAACCCUCACCUGUUCCUUCAGGCUAUGGACUACUCACUUGGAGGUUGAGUUCAUCAGUGGACAAGAAAGAGCCCGGUCUUCCUCCACUUUAUCGUCGAUUCGAAGGCCUAAACCAUCGCGUGCUCCUCUAUCUCCAAGACGAGAUCGCACAGAUGGAAGAAGAAUUGCAUCUAUUGGAUGAAUACGAAGAAAUGCAUCGUGUUGCAACAGCAGAACAAGAAGGGACAAAGGUUGUACCCGCUUCGAGACGCAUGGAUACCCAAGCACAGGUGUACUCAUCCCUUUAUUACCGACGGGAAGAGGUUAUGACAGCGUUGGUACAUAAGACGGAGCAAUACAACAAUGCUCUCAACGCAUAUAGCAAAGUCCUCCAGACCCUUCCCAGCGCCUCGGACAAAGACGUCGGCAUCUAUCGCACCUGGAUGAAGGAAAACUCCCCCAUUGCAAUAGCCGAAACUCGUUUCCUGGACCACAACAAAGACCUCGUCUCUCUUACCUCGCGGUCCACCAAUUCUACCUCUGCCUACUCAGCCAUCAUCAUUGCUUCCGCGGCAAUCCUCCUCCCAUUACUAGCCUUUAGCAUGAUUUCGGAGUUCUCGGGGCGCCUCCUUGUCGUCGCACUGGUGGGCGGCGCUGCAUCUGCCACUGCGUCUAAUUCUUCAGCCGGUGCUGAACACAUCGUUGCUUCUCAGGAUGGAUGGAGGAUCGCUACUUUGUAUGUCCUAACCCUAAUGUUCCCUAUGCCUAAUUAGAACGCUAACAUCUAUCUAUCUGUAGAUAUUUUGGUUUCAUGACCAUGGCCGCGAUGUUCAUUCC